AUGGUAGAAUCUGAUCGUAAGCCACUUGAGAUAAUACACAAGAAGAAUCUACACAGUGCACCAAAGAGACUACAAAGAAUGUUGCUGAGACUUCAAAAAUUUGACUAUGAGGUACUCUACAAAAGAGGUACUGAAAUGUACUUUGCUGAUACUUUAUCCAGAGCAUAUCUUAAAGCUCAGCCAGAGGACCUAGAAGAAAAGGACCCUGUGGAAGUACACAAUGUAGAUUAUAAGGAGUAUCUACCAGUGUCAGAUCAGCGCAUUGCGGAAAUCAGAAAGGCAACAGAAAGAGAUGAAACUAUGGAUAUGCUGAAAGGAGUGAUUAAGUCUGGAUGGCCUGAGACGAGGGCAGAAGUUCAUACGGAAAUUCAGACUUAUUUUCCAUUUCGUGAGGAACUUGUUUUUCAAAAUGGACUCAUUUAUAAAGGUGAACGGAUUGUAGUUCCCGGAGAAAUACGCAGUCACCUUCUUGAAAGGAUCCACAAUUCUCACAUAGGAAUUCAAGGAUGCUUACGAAGAGCUAAAGAAAGCCUUUACUGGCCAAAUAUGGCUAAAGACAUUGAACUGUUCAUAAGUAAAUGUGAAGCUUGCAACAUGUAUGCAAAUGAUCAAGUGAAGGAACCAAUGAUUAGUCACAGAGUUCCAACUCGACCUUGGCAAGUCAUUGCGUGUGACUUAUUCGAGUGCCAGAACAAAGACUACUUGAUUACAGUAGACUACUACUCUGACUACUUCGAGGUUGAUCGUCUACAUAGUAAAACCGGUAGUACCAUAAUCAGCAAAUUGAAAGCUCACCUAGCAAGACAUGGGAUACCCGACACUCUAGUCUCAGACAAUGAAUCACCAUUUAAUUGUCAGGAAUUUGCUGAAUUCUCGAGAACAUAUGAAUUCAACCACGUAACGUCUUCACCAAAUUAUGCGCAAUCCAACGGUAAAGCUGAGAAUGCAGUGAAGAUUAUAAAACGCCUGAUAAAUAAGAGUGUUGCUGAUCAGAAGGAUCCAUACCUAGCAUUAUUAGACCUUAGAAACACACCCAGCCAGGAUAUAGGAUAUUCUGCUGUACAGAGGAUCUUUGGGAGGAGAACAAAGACUCUAUUACCUGUCUCAGAAAACAUGCUGAAACCCAGGUAUGCUGACAAAGUCAAGGAACAGCUUCGCUAUAGAAAGGGAAGAGAAACGCAUUAUUACAACAAAGGAGCCAAAGAACUGUCACCGUUACAUGAAGGAGAUGUAGUUCGCGUACGACCGAAAGGAAAUGAGAAAUCUUGGAAAAAAGCUGUUGUACAAGGACAAGUAGAUAUUCGUUCGUAUAAUAUCAGGACAGAAGAUGGACGAGAAUACCGCCGAAACAGACGACAUUUGAGGACAAGCAAAGAAACUUUUGCUAGAGAGUUGUCUCCUAUGCCAAGAUUACCGAUUACCUCAGAGCCUCAUCCAAACACCAUGAACACUAGUACUGGCUCGUCACACAUGAAGGGACCUGAGAAACCAAGAACAGCUAACCCCGACCCUUUACCAAAGUCUCAUGUGAAGCCCAUUCAACCUGUUCACGGACCAAAUACAACUCGUGACAAACCCAAGCUAACUCAAGCUGAUCCAUCCAUUGUUACAACCAGGAGUGGUAGAGUUGUGAAGACACCAAAGCGCCUCCAAGAAUGA